AUGUUGGCACCUAUGAAUUCAAAUUUAUACACCAACCAUGUGAGUGAUGUGACAGCUAUUCAUGGAGCUGCUGAAGUUGUUGCCAAGGCAAGCAUGAAAGUGCAGCUGAGGAGACAAAGCAGUUUUAUGAACCAGAAGAAGAUGGUGUGUAUGAUAUUGGUUAUUGGUAUUACUGCGGACGGGACCCGGAGACGAAGGGGAUAUUCGUCUUCCUACGGGGUUGUUACUGACAUGUCCUUGAUUACCGGAAAAGUGCUAGACGGUGAAGUCAUGUCAAAAGAAUGCUGGGAGUGUAUUACCUGGAGCAGCAAGAAAGGUUCAGAGGAAUUUGAACAUUGGUGGGAAGGUCAUCAAAACAAUUGCUCAAACCGGGGUGUCAGACAAAGAAUAUUGACAACCUGUCAGAAGAGGAAGUUACCCAAUAUGAAGCUGGGGCAUUUUGAGCCCUAAACCUGAACUGAUUAGUUAUACCAAACUUUACGACUGAUUUUCUC